UCUAAGCCUUACCAGGGGAAGCUGCCUUGCAGCCUGUGUGGCAGCGGAGGCCGGGUGUAUUCCUUGGAAGAUCUCACCCGCAGCCAUGAGUAGUAAAGAAUGCUUCAAGUGUGGACAGUCUGGACACUGUGCCCGGGAAUGCCCUAAAGGAGGAGCUCGAGGGAGAAGACCUAGAAGCCGUGGCAGAGGUCCGCAGUGCAGUUCCACCGCCCAGUCUGACAUCUGUUACCGCUGUGGUGCGGUUGGUCACCAUGCCAAGGACUGUGACCUCCAGGACAUCUGCUACAACUGCGGGAAACGUGGUCACAUCGCCAAAGACUGUCCUGAGCCUAAACAAGAGAAAGAGCAGUGCUGUUACACCUGCGGCAAACCAGGCCAUUUGGCUCGUGAUUGUGACCGUCGGGAAGGGCAGAAAUGCUUCUAUUGCCAUGAAUCGGGGCACAUCCAGAAAGACUGCGCCCACAUCAGGUGCUACCGGUGUGGUGAGAUCGGCCACAUGGCCAUGAACUGCAACAAGGCAAACGACGUCUGCUGCUACCGCUGCGGAGAGCCUGGACAUAUAGCCCAAGAAUGCCCCGCUGAGACCACAGAUUAGUUCCCUCCCCUAGCCCCCCUCCACUGCUGAUUAGUUGUAUUUUCUCUAAAAUCUCUUCGGUGAUCAGAUGGUUGAUAGAUGGAGGCUACUCUGAGAUCAUUAAGUUUUAAUUGCUGCGUUAAAGAAGGAAAGAGCUGGAGGGAAAAAAAAUCAAAAAAAAAGUUAUUACAAUUAAUGUGCUGUUUCUGAGCCGCACAGAAAACCAGAUAUUGUCUAGUCAUUCAAAGCACUAGACAAUUUCUUGGAUCUUUGGAUGUAUUUUGAUUUAAUACAUUCAAUUAGAAGUUAGAACAACUUUUGGAACACAGCCCUUGAAUCUAUUAACCCACAGUGUGUCAGAUAAAGGUAAAUUGCCACAAAGAAAAGAAACAAGUAGAAAAGAAAAGAAGAGAAACUAAUGUGGAGGGGGGAAGACUGUCCUUUUAGGCACCCAAAACCGCCCUGAGGAGAUAACGUUUCCUCAGAAUG